GUUUACAAAUUACGGAUAGCUUUGGUCGUUGCCGCAGUUGAAAGUUCUCGUUUGGAGUAUUGACAGCACACGCUUGUAUUAGUUCCAUUCGUGAAUAUGGAAGAACUAUCAAAAGAUAAAACGGCUAAACUCAGGGAUAAGUUCAUUGGGGAAGCAUGCCAGUUGUUUUUCGCAAGUGACCCUCUGAAAAUAACAAAAGCCAAAGGCCAGUACAUGUAUGAUGAAAAUGGCAAUCAGUACUUGGAUUGCAUCAACAAUGUUUGCCAUGUUGGUCACUGUCACAAGGAUGUAGUGGAGGCUGGCUAUCAUCAGAUGAAGAAGUUGAACACAAACAGCCGGUUCCUACAUGACAACAUUGGGAGACUCGCGGAGAAAAUCACAGCCACCAUGCCGGAGGAGCUUUGUGUUGUCUAUCUGUGUAAUUCAGGGUCAGAAGCCAAUGACCUUGCCUUGAGGCUGGCCAGACAUUACACCAAAAACACAGAGAUGAUAACAAUGGACCAUGCGUACCAUGGUCACAUAAUGUCCUGUAUUGACAUCAGCCCAUACAAACUCAAAGUUCAGAGGGACGGUGUGCACACUUGUCCCUCAAAUGUCUAUGUGGCACCCUGCCCAGACACAUACAGAGGGAAGUUUGUUGACUGUGAUUACCCAGGUGAGGAUCUGGGGAAACUGUAUGCUGAUGAAGUGCGGGACAUCUGCAAGGUUGUGCAUGCCAAAGGUAGAGGAGUGUGUGGCUUCAUCGCAGAAUCUAUGCAGAGCUGCGGAGGACAGAUCGUUUUUCCACCUGGCUACUUGCAGAAAGUAUACAGUCAUGUGCGGGCAGCUGGUGGGGUGUGCAUUGCAGACGAAGUCCAGGUGGGUUUUGGGCGUGUGGGUUCCCACUUCUGGGCCUUCCAAACACAGGGUGUGAUCCCAGAUAUUGUGACUAUGGGUAAGCCGAUGGGUAACGGACACCCAGUGUCAGCGGUUGUUACAACCAAGGCAAUUUCAGCUGCCUUCAAAGACUGCGGCAUGACUUACUUUAACACUUUCGGAGGGAACCCUGUCUCGUGUGCAAUAGCACUGUCUGUUCUUGACGUCAUAGAGAGGGAGCACCUGCAGAAGAACGCCCUUGAGGUGGGCAACUAUCUCAUGGCCCGGGGCAGUGCGCUCAUGGAGAAACAUGAGAUGAUCGGAAAUAUUCGUGGGUUUGGCUUAUUCGUAGGUUUCGAUCUUGUUAGGAAUAGGAAGACACGGGAACCGGCAACAGAGGAAGCCAAGUUUGUGGUGCAAAGGAUGAAGUCUGACUACAAGGUGUUGUUGAGUACAGACGGGCCGUACGACAAUGUCCUCAAGUUCAAGCCUCCGAUGUGUUUCACCAAGCAGAAUGUGGACGACGUGAUUCGCGACCUUGAUAAUUUGCUCGGUGAGAUCCCCCAGCACAAGUUUGAGCCAAGCCACCGCUGGACGGUAGUAGAUGCCUCACCGCUGGGCUCCAGGGUCAUGCUCCUGAAGUCCUCACUAUGAACAGGUCUACUGUGCUACUCCACAGUCACAACUGCCAUGGAACAGUUAACAAAAAUGAUCAUUUCAUGUGUCCUGUUGACACUUGUUAUUGUGAAAAUUGGUAACAGUAUUCUUAUCUUGCCGACUUAAAGCUUAUUCGUAUAAUGUAAAGAUUGAUACUUUUUGGAAUGAUGCAUUGUGCGCAACCCUGGCUCUUUAUCCUCAUUACAUUAAUUAGUGCCUUUGGAAAAUUAACUGACAAAUUAUUUGUUUUCAUGAAUAAUAAUGAGGUAGUGAAGGAAAAUAAAAUGCUUCACUGUACUGAAUGAAGCAGGGCAAUAUAUUGUACCACAGGUAUCCAACAAUGGAAAUAUGGUCACCUUAAAAACAUUCUGUGUUCAAUGCAGAUUUACCUAUUUUACCAAAAAAAAUGAUCACAUUACUGUGGUAUUUGAAACUAUUUAAUGUCAUGUUUGUUUUGGCAUGAGCUUAUUAUUGUUACACUGGAGAGUUUCAGUGUAAGUUUUAACAUUAAAGGUUUUUCAUGCGUUCAGUAUUUUAAGCUUGACUUUUCGAAGAAUAAGGAGAGCUAUUAUACUCACCCUAGUGACGGCAUUGCAGUCUGCGUCCAGUUAAAGUUUAAGGUUUAUUUUUAAGCUUAUUUUCACUUAUAAAAUCAAUACUGUUUACUCAAUUAGCUUAAUACUUUAUACAUUUGAUCAGGAGUUUCAUACAAUUAGAUUCCAUAACUGCAUAUCAUCCUAAAUACAAAUUAUGGCCCCUGAUUUAAUUAGGAACUUAUGUUAAAGUUUCAUGGCACAGUGUGUCAGAUUUAAGUUUAAGAGCAAAUUGUGAUAUUCACUAAUAAAUCCUCUACCCUUCAUUCAAUUCACUUCAUACCACACACAACUGUUAUGGCCGUUAUACUUUUAGGUUACAUAACUCCAUGUUAUCCUAAAUACAAAUUAUUUCUUGAAAGUUUUGUUUAAGUUUAAGAGAACUUGGGGUUUUUUAACUCUGCUCUCAAAUCAGGGUCAUUCACUGAACUUCAUACUUUACAAAGGCACUGUUGUUCAUAGCCGUCACACAAUUAAGUUACAUUACUUCAUAUCAUCACAAAUACAAGUUAUAGCCUUUAUUGAUUUUUUUUAUUCCCCCAGAAGGUGGGCAUAUCAAAAUCGCACUAUCCGUUGUGUGUUCAGUUCAAUUUCCACUGUCUGAACUGCAACUUUCUUUUGUAUUGACAGUUGUUAAAAUAACUUGUCACAUGUGUUGGACACAUCAAGACAGCAUUUCACAUUCCUUUCUUAAUCCACACAUUUCAUUGCUACUUAUUUCCAUUUCCAAAUGACCUUUGAUCACACUUGAGUACCUUUUGGGGGGCAUUCAUCACAUACAGUGACAGCUCCUUUUACUCUUUUUUUUACAUAUAUCAUCAUUAUUGCAUACAUUUCAACAACAAAGUGGUGUAUAGUCCAGCUCGCUUUUCUUCAACAGCUCUUGUUAUUAUACAAAUGAUAGCUUUGAAAUGUUCAACCAAAUGUUUGAGUUAGAACAAGUGUUCAUAAAAUGUCAUAUACACAUUAGUCACAUGGUUCAGCUAUAUAAGCAUUUAACAUUGUAAAGUUUUAGCUUUAUAAGGGCAUAUGAGUUGUAUUCAUUAGAGGUCAAUUAUGGCCAUGAUGUAUGUUUCAAGUGGCAUUUACAGAGAUCUAUUUUGUUACCCUAUAUUGAUUUGAAUUGUAAGAUAAAGAUUGUUUGAAAUACUCAUAGUUAUAGCCUAGUCUUGUUCUCAGAGGUACAUAUAAGUGACAUUUCAGGUAAACUUAUUUGGAUAUUAUUGCAAGGGUUGGAAUGAUAUGACCAUUUGUAUUAAUUAUUGGAUAUAUAACUAUUGCUGUAAGGUAAUCUUUUGUUUCAAAUCAUGGGUUAAGACUUGUUCAUUAAUUUCUAUUGAAGGUCAUAUAGGUUGUUCUUUUUUGUCUUGAAUAUGAUAUUAUUAUAGAAUAUAUUGUAUCUAGUUUUACAAUAUGCAUGUUUAUCCUAAGACAUGGGGAGCUUAAAAUAAAUUGAAACUGUUCAAUAAUGUUCUCCUGUUGUAAAUUCUUUAAAAAAAAUCAAACAUUCCAUAACAUAUCUUGACUUUCAAAAAGUUUAUUGUGAUCUUUAUAUAUGGCAUUACUUCCUGGUCCUUGUGAAAAGUUGCACUAUAAUUGAUAAAUAAUUGACCUUGUUGUGAUUUAAAUAUAAGCAUAAAACUAUGAUUAAUGACAAUUGUUAUCUUUGUUAUCUUGUCAUUUUUACCUUGAACACGUUUUUAUGCAGUUCAUUUUGAAAUGCUUGUCUUAUUAAGCAAUGCUUUUAUGACUACUGUAUGUAUUUUUAUUUUAUUUUUGGGGAUAAUAACAAUAAAAUUUAAAGAUGUAUGUAUUUUAGUGCGGUUUGAGUGUUUUUAUAACCCUCGCCUUACAAUGAAUCAUAAUUUUGUAUUGUUUUAGUUACACAUAUAUUUAAAGUAAUUCUAGUACCUUACAAUUAUGAAAAUCUUGAUUCCUGUUUAAACCUUUUAGUAUUUAAUGAUUUUAACUGACGAGAAAGUAUUUAAAUUGUGUUUGUAUAAUGUUGAGAAUAUUAAAGAAGCAGUCUUGUGAUACAAAUGAAAUGAAGUUUAAAUUAAAUAUAAGUAUUUGUUAACUUUACAUAUGAUAUUUCAUGCAUAUGAAAAAUUAUUAUGAAUAUGUAGAUCUAGGUAAUAAAGAUGCUGUGUA